AUGGAGCUAGUCGUGACCCCCGUCGUGCUGGCAGAGCUAACCAAGGAGCUGGUCAUGAUGAUAGACAACAGCAUCAAUACCGAAUCCAACAAUACCAGCACCAAAGCCAACACCACCGACCGCGCUAUCGACCCAAUGAGCCUUUUUGAACAAAUUGACAUCGGGAUCCUUGUUACUGCUCUAGCUAAUGCCCUUCCCGAUAGGGAUGGUGACAUCCCUAUGCAGUAA